AAAUGCUCUCUCUAUCUCUCUCUCAGUUUUUCUCCCAUGGCGUGGCGUCAUGGCGCUUUUAGAAACCACCAGCCCCCACUGUCCUCUUUCAAUAGAGAGAGAAAGAACAGAAUUCCGUGGGUUGGGGGCUGUGUCCUGGGCGGGUGGAUAAACGUCAUGGCCAAUUAAAAAGCGAGGGUAGUCUCCUCUCUUGCUCUGCUCUCUCUCUGUCUCUCUUUCUCUCUGUUUUCUGUGGGGAGGGGGAAGGUGAAGUCCAUUCUUCAACACUAAGGUGGGCAGCUUUGUGGUUCACAGUUCCGGAGUGGUCGGUCGUUACGAACGAAGCAACCAGCAGGCGUCGCCUCGGUUGCCUCAUGCCUGGGAUUAUUAGGGACAGCUUUACAAUGAAAGUGCACCUAUGUGCUAGGCAAAUGGUGAGCCAGAAGAAUCCUGUGCCGUUCUGAUCUGAGAAGUGAAGACAGAAGUAGAAAAUGGCUCCAUGCCGAGUAAUCAUGGUGGUGGAGGAUGUUGAUGUGGCCCGAACUGCUCUCCAAUGGGCAGUUGACAACAUCAUCAGGGGUGGAGAUCUUGUCACCCUUCUCCAUGUCUUUGAGCCUUCUUCCUCUUCUAUGUCAUCAGGGGAAGUUCAGAAGAAGAAGAAAAAGAGCAAAAGCAGCAUCGCAGCAGCUUCACAUAGGCAGAGGGUUCGCAGAUUGAAGGGAUUUCAGUUGGCUCUCUCCUUCAAGGAUAUCUGUGCCAAGAUUCCUGAGGUGAAGGUGGAGAUCAUAGUGACAGAAGGGGAUCAGGGGCAGACGAUCUCGUCUCUGGUGACGAAUAUAGGAGCCUCUACUGUUAUUCUCGGACUCCAUGACCGGAGCUUCCUUUACAAGACAGCUAUGGUAGAUGACUACAUAAGUAGCCUGAAGUGUCGAGUUCUUGCAGUGAAGCAACCUUCUAGUUCUGUAGCCACGCCUGAUUUCUCAAGAAUUGAACUUGUUAGGAAUUGGACGUCAGAGCCAAAGAGUCCACUGCACGGACUUCCAAACCCCAUAGGAAGCUUCUGGAGGUCAAAAAAACGAUGAAAAGGCCCUAACCUUUUCGGCAAUGCCAGAUCAAGAGACAAGCUUGCCGGAGUUUGUAAAGUUUUACUGCACACUUGGAUCACAUCUGUAAGUAAAAGCUGAAAGCAAAGGAAAACUAUUUAUUGGAAUAUCUGUUGGUGUAUUUAUAAUCCAUUCAGGUGAACAAUCUUCUCGAAAUAUUGGGAAAUUCGAGAUCAAUUUGGUGGGUGGUUUUGAAAUGUGAAUUUCACUCAUACUUCUUUUGUAUUACACAAACUCUAAUAAUCUAAUAAUAAUUCUUGUCC